AUGAAACCAGUCGCAGUUUGCCUUUCUUUUCUGCUUUUGGCGACGGUAAGAAAUCAUAGGCAUACGGUUCCUGUUUUGGAAAGUAUGACAAUCUGAGUAAACUUCCUCAUUCCUGUGGAAAACUGUCAAUCAAUCCAAUCCCGAGUUCGUCUUUACCGUUAUCAUCUGUGUCUUUCCAGUUACUUCCCGGUUCGGAGCUGAGAAAUGUGGACAACCCGGACUUUCCACCGAAUUGUCUUGUUGGUGGACCCGACAUCUAUGAUCCAACAGAAUCUGAAAAGGCAGGCUACAUUGUUCCGCUAAAUCACUUAUCAUCACUCUCUCGUGGCACCUACGUCAUACCGUAAUCUUCUCUUUCAGGUGCUCUGGUUCGAUGUGAACCUCGACCUUCCACCUCGCCAGCGCUUCCAACAAAUUGCCAAAGCCUACAAGAAUGAGAUCAGAGCUGUGUUCGACGUGCUUAACGUACCGUAAUCCAUCCAAACUUCCCAAAAAGAUGAACCUUUUGUAGUAUUUCCUGACUAUUAUCCCAGGAGUGAAUGCGUGGGAACUUAUCGGAAAUAUCACUGCAAGCGCUCUCGACAAGGGAAUGAUUAUGAAUCCGUACAAAGAUGAAGUUCUGGUCGGUUUUAGUGCACGCUUCCCGACUUAAACGCUCCCAAUUCUUGAAGGGUAUUGCUGAAGUCCUCGAAGUGCCAAUCGGAAAUCUCGUCUUUUUGAAUAUUUUCUACGAAAUGUCCCGCUUUUGCACAUCGAUCGUUGCUCAAACCGAGGACAACAAAGACCUUUACCACGCAAGAAACCUCGAUUUCGGUCAGCUGUUUGUCUGGGACAUUGCCGCUCAGUCGUGGGGAUUGACUGAUGCUUUGAAGAAGGUCAGUGUGAAUAUCAACUUCUUCAAGAACGGAAAACUUCUCUUCAAAGGAUCCACUCUUGCCGGACACGUCGGAGUGCUUACUGGUAAAGAUAAAGAAAUGAAGAGGCUCGCUUCAAAGUGAAUGCUUCAGCCAUGAAACCCCACAAGUUCUCUCUUUCGAUGAACGCCAAGGUGCAGCCGGAUCUGCUCAACGUCGCCAGAUGGUACAUGGGCGCUUACGAGAACACGGAUCUCCAAUUCGUCAUGUACUUCGAGAGAUGGCUUUUCGAGAACUGCGACGACUUCCAGGUCAGUUCGCCCGGUGCAAGCAAACAAAAGUCCUGUUUAUGUACAAACUGUUGUUCACUUUUCAGUGCGCGCGCGAAAAGAUCGCCGGUGUCAAACUGUUGACAGGCGCCUAUUUCAUUCUCGGAGGGGCCAAUCCGGGAGAGGGAAGUGUGCUCGUGCGGAACACGACGUCCGUCCAGUUCGAGAGGAAACUGUUCGACGGAGACAACGACUGGUUCCUUCUGCAGACGAAUUACGAUCCUGAUAAGGUAACGAUCAAAUCAACAACAAGGAAAGAAAGGAUCUCUUGCAGCAACCACUCUUUAUUGACAACCGUCGUGAUCCUGGAAUCGCGUGCAUGAAGAAGUUGGGACGUUCGCAAGUGUCCAUGAAAGGCAUCUACACGGUCUGUCCCUUCCGUUCCCACUGGGCUCAAACUCAUUCUUUCAGGUUCUCUCCUCGAAGCCAAACCUCAACAAAACCACCGUCCACACUGUCAUCAUGUCCGUCACCAAGGGUUACUUCGAAACGUUUAUUCAAAAGUGUCCGAAUCCUUGCUGGGCGUUUUAG